GGAAAUAUAUUGAAUUUUCCACGGGACACCCUUUAUGGGGUAUUCGCAGAGCAGCUGAGUUGAGAAGAAAAGAAAUUAUUGCCAACUUUUGCGUGAGAUUUGUUUUUUUCCGUGAAAAAUUAAUGAAAAUCUUGAGCCAAAUUCCCAAAUGUCUCUUGAGACAAUUCUCAAUGUAACUCUCCUGUCGGAAUAUCUCGAAUCAUCCGUCAACUUUACGCGAGGACUCUACAAAAUCCUCCUCACGUACGAGCUGCCCCUGACAGCGGAGUUGAUUUCCUUCUCGGACAUCCAAUUGGUUCUCCUGAAGUCCUUCCUCACCUUGUUCCUCAUUAUCACGAGCCUGGUUGUCUUCUACUGGCUCAAGUACGGUAGUGUGAUCUCGGAGAGAUUCAUCAAACCAAGUACUGUGAAGGAGAUUGAGGAGUUGAAGCUAUCUGUGGCACGUCUGAAAUUGCCCAAGGAACACACACCGAGACUCUAAAGAAGAGAUGCCCAAGAAGUUGGCACAGUUCUUUGCG